ACAGCUAAUUGGUGGAUCAGCCUCAAGAAGCAUGGACCCAGAGAUGUCCAAAAUCCUAUAGAGGAUCAGUUUUAAACAGUUACUCAAAGUAGCCAGCCCAGCGGGUCACAAUUGCAGCAAAUGGAACCAUCCUUGAUGCCAAAAGACCCCAGUGCCAUUUUGGUAGGCUUUCUCAAUCUUUAAUAUUCAUGUGUGAACUCUGUAUUACUUUCAGAAACAUAAAUGUGGAAGGAACUGUACUAAAUUUAGAAGUGAAAUUCACAAUCAUGUGUCUGCAGACCAUAAGAUUUUAUAUAUUAAUAGUUAGCUUUUGCAGAUUACAUCCGGAACAAGUACUUAGUGUAUUGUUUAUUAAAGGGGAGGCAUAUAAAUAGAAGGGCAGAUCGUAAUGCACUGUGUCAUAACCAGUUAUAUAUAACCUUGCUCUUCUUUUAGAACACUAUCAGGGCCUAAUUGAUCCAACAAAAGAGACUAUGACACUGCUCUGCCUCCCUGUUCUGGUGCUUAUCAUCUUGGGAAUAGUACAAUGCACAUUAUCUUUAAGACUACCAAAAAGGUUUAUGGAUCCUGAAGUGAACAUGAACAUUAGUGAGAUCAUUUCGUAUUGGGGCUACCCAGCAGAGGAGCAUGAAGUGACCACAGAAGAUGGCUAUAUUCUUAGCAUUAAUCGAAUCCCAACUGGCAAAAACAUAUGCAAUCUGAAAGGAAGUAAAGGACCGAGGCCAGUAGUAUUUCUACAGCACGGACUGUUGGCUGCUGGCAGCAACUGGGUAACAAACCUGCCAAGCAACAGUCUGGGAUUCAUCUUGGCUGACGCCGGUUAUGAUGUGUGGAUUGGUAACAGUCGGGGUAAUACAUGGUCUAGAAAGCACGUCACACUCAGCCCACAGGAGAACAAGUUCUGGGCUUUCAGUUAUGAUGAAAUGGCUAAGAAGGAUCUCCCUACAGUAAUAAACUUCAUCACUAAUGCUACUGGGCAGCCUCAGAUCUACUAUGUUGGUCACUCUCAAGGUACCACAAUAGGCUUUAUUGCCUUUUCCUCCUUGCCAGAGCUAGCAAGCAAAAUCAAAAUGUUUUUCGCUCUGGCACCCAUUGCUACAGUUGCCUUUCCUUCCAGUCCUUUGACCAAAUUGUCUCUUUUGCCAGAGUGGCUUAACUGGAAACUGUUUGGCAGGAAGGUAUUUUUUCCUCAAACUAAAAUCACAAGUUGGCUGGCAAAUCAGUUCUGUAGCCGCAGCCUUGCAAAUGAUCUUUGCGGAAACAUUUUUUUUGUCUUAUAUGGGUUUAAAGAAAGUAAUCUUAAUAUGUCUCGCACCUCUGUGUAUAUGUCACACAGUCCUGCUGGCACAUCUGUGAAAAAUAUGAUUCACUGGCGUCAGGCAGUGAAGACUGGAACGUUGCAAGCAUUUGACUACGGCAGGGCAGGAAACUUGGCACGCUACAAACAGACAAGACCUCCUUUGUAUCACAUUAGUGGUAUGAAAGUUCCUACGGCUGUCUGGUCUGGUGGCCAUGAUGUCUUAGCAGAUCCAAAAGAUGUGAGUUUGCUUCUUUCUCAAAUACCCAACCUGGUGUAUCAAAAAGACAUUACUCAUUGGAAACACUUGGAUUUCAUCUGGGGCUUGGAUGCUUCAAAGCUAUUAUACCACAAUAUUGUGAAAAUCAUGAAGAAGUAUGAUUAAAUAUUUUAGAAAGCAACCAUUCUCUGUAUACAUGAAUUUGUUAUCUGAAGUGUAUGUUUUAUUAUUAAAUUAAAUUUAAUGGCUACCUUCGCAAAUACAUUAGUAAGGCUAUGGAAAAGGUGGUCCAAAAUGAACCUAUCAAAUAUAGUUCAACACUUUCCUGAUGAUGGGCAAAGAAAAUCAUUCAAUGGUAUUUAACAUUUAUAUUAUUCAUACAGAGCUAAACAUUGUACAGUAUAACUUAAUGAAUAGUUACUGUAAGUUUAUUAUCGGAGGUAAUCUAGGAAAGGGGAAAAACCUGAUGUAGCAGUUGGCACUGCUGCCACACAGUUUGAAAAGCCUGGGUUUGAAAGCUGACCUGGAAGGUAUCUACUGUAAGUGGGGUUUACAUGUUCUCUGUGGCUGCUCCACCAGGUACUUCCAUUUUCGUUUCAUAUCUCCAAAACAUGCAUGUUUAGUCGGCUGGCAACUGUAUGAAUGUGUGAGUGUGUCCUGUGAUGGAACAGAGCUUCUUCCAGGAAUGUUUCCUAUCUUGGACAUAUUGCUGCCAGAAAAGGCAAGGAAAAAUCAUGGAUGAAUGUAUGAGCAGUUGCGAUGAUGUUACCACAGAAUGGUAGGUGUAAAUCUGAAUUGAGUUACAUAACUAGAAGAAAAUUAAACUAUUCAACCUUCUGAAGAGAUCACAUAAAAUGCCCUAUCUAUAAAUACAGUAUAUUUAAUUUCAGUGACAUGCACUAUGUGAAUGAAUUAUCCCAAUAUAAUUUGUGG